AUGUCGGAGGAGAAUGUUAUGCGCAUCGGCAGGCGCUGCUAUGUCAGCAACCUCGCGUGGAAGACGAGCUGGCAGGAUCUGAAGGACGCCUUCUCGGGCUGCGGCAACGUCGUAUACUCCGCCGUGGCCAAGCGCGGCACCAGGUCCAAGGGGUGGGGCAUCAUCGAGUUCGAGCUCCCCGAGGAGGCGGCGAAGGCCGUGGCCGAGCUGAACGGCACGGAGCUGGACGGGCGCCCGAUCGUCGUGCGCGAGGACCGCGAGGACCGCGACCUCGUGGCCUACAACCAGGCCAACGGCAUCGAGUCGCCGCAGCGCCCGCGCCGGCGCCACGGGGCGCGCGACGGGCUCGAGGGCGCGGACGGGCUGCAGCCGACGCCGCGCCCGCCGCGCGCGGCCCGCCCGCCGCAGGAGCCGCGCGCGCCGGCGGUCCCCGGCGAGGGGGAGUGCACGGGCAAGUCGGUCAUGGUGAAGCACAUCCCCUGGGCGUUCGACGACGACGCGCUGGCGGAGCACUUCGCGGAGCUCAACCCGGUGUCCGCGACCGUGAAGCGCGGCAAGGACGACCGGAGCCGCGGGUACGGCACCGUCCUGUUCGCGGACACGGACGCCGCCGCCAGCGCCAUUGAGAAGUUCGACGGCGCCGAGCUGGACGGCCGCAAGCUGGCGGUCGCGUACGACAGGUUCGCGUAG